AUGUCUGCCUUCAUUCCUUUCCUUGGACGCAUCUUUUUCACUGACUAUGUGAUACUGUUGCUUGUAACGGUCGAGAAACUCCUAACUAUGGUGCUAAACUGCAUUCCACAGGUAUGGAUGAACACGAUAUCGACAGUGGUUAACACUUUCACCCGUUACACAUUGGGCUCCGUGGAUUUGCGUGCACAAGAGUUGCGCGACGCCAAGGACAUUCACGAAAUGGGCCAAAUAUUCGGGGUAGAAAUCGAAGACCAUAUUGUACGCACAGAGGACGACUAUCUGCUGACACUGCACAGAUUAGUACCUGCUGAGGGUACGAGCAACGGACAGGUGGUGUACCUGCACCACGGGCUGCUGAUGUGCUCCGACAUUUGGAUGUGCCACACGCAACGUGAGUGCAACCUGCCACUGGUGCUUCAUGCCUUGGGAUUCGACGUUUGGAUGGGCAACAAUCGUGGUAACAAGUACUCGACGCAGCAUUUGCACAAGGUGCCCCGCUCGCAGGAGUUUUGGGACUUUUCCAUUGACGAGUUUGCGUUUUUUGACAUUCCAAACUCCAUCGAGUUCGUACUGGCAUUUACGCAGCAGCGUGAGCUAGUGUGUGUCGGGUUCUCCCAGGGCUCGUCGCAGACUUUCGCAGCGCUGAGCGUGCGUGAAGAUCUUAACGAGAAAAUCAGCUUGUUCGUCGCAAUUGCGCCUGCAAUGACACCACAGGGACUGCACAACCGUAUUGUCGACGCGCUACUCAAGUCCAGCCCACGCGUAAUGAAUCUGUUUUUCGGGACCCGUAUACUGAUGCCCAGUGUGACCUUGUGGCAGAAAACACUACAGCCGUCACUCUUCAACCUGACCAUCGAUCUUGCCAACCGGUUUUUGUUUGACUGGAAGUCGCGCAACAUCUCGUCGCAACAGAAACACGCUUCCUACGCCAAACUGUACUCUACAACCAGCGUGAAAAGCGUUGUUCACUGGUUCCAAAUUCUGCACGCGCAAAAAUUCCAAAUGUUUGAGGAGCAGGACGUGGUCAUGAAUUCCUGGAACCCAACCCGCUCCUACCAGAUCACCACUUUCCCCACGCGCACCAGCAUCCGCAUUCCAGUCCUGUUGCUGUACGGUGGCUCCGAUUCGCUGGUCGACAUCGAGGUCAUGAAGGCGAACCUGCCCAUCAGUCAGGUUUUUGACGUGGUUAUCCCGGCCCACGAGCACCUGGACCUGCUGUGGGGCCGCGACGUUGGCGAGCUGGUCAUCCCAAAUCUAUUGCGUUUUAUCUGGUUUUUCAAGGACAUCAAAGCGCUCGAAGGCGAAACCGCGCUUGAUUCUGGUAACGAGCUCGCCAGUCCUUUCACCAAGAACUACAGUGACAGCGUCUUGACCAAGACUACGCUAUGA